UCCGGAUGUUGCGAGAGAGCUUCUUAGUGCUAUGUGACCUUUCGACAGCCCCUUGGUCGGUGGUAUUAACCUCUGGCCCUGCCCUGACUAUCUGGAUCAUCCUCAUAACGACCUUCCUCUUCUGCCUUCUCCACAAACUCACAAACCAGCAGAGAGUCUCUCACAAAAGGGCGAUGAUGGAAAGUGGCGAAGCCGUGGCCCAUUUCGAUGAGGCUGAGAAUUCUGCCACUGCUUCGGACGAGGCAAAGACGCGUCCCUCUCGAUACCCAGCAGUGGACUAUUGGCGGGGGAUGUGUAUCAGCUUCGUCGUUAUGUAUCACAUGGUCGGAAACUUUCGUAUAAACGGUCUGAUCCCCAGCGGUUUUCGCGGGGCUAAUUAUUCCGACCCCUGUCCUAAAUGGAACUAUUUCACGUUCACAGUUUAUUUUUCGAUAUUCCAGACUGUUUGUCAUUUGGGAAGGUUCGUCUCGCCUUAUCUUCACUACCUUCUGUUCACCCCUUGUACUGUGUAUUGCAUCUGUGUGUGGUGGCGAGAGAGUCAAGUCGCUGGAGUGGCGAUGCUACAGAUGUGCGUCGGUCUCUCCCAAGCCUUGGCCAACAGAGGCCGGGUUAUCAAAUGGAGAUCUGUCAUCCACCGAACCAUCAAGCUGGCCAUGUUCGCUGCUAUGCUCAGUGCCUACACAUUCUAUCGAUUCCCUGAUGCUCCUAUUGUAUUCGGAGCACUGCAUUGCAUAUGCCUCAAUAGUCUGCUCUGUCUCCCGUUUGUGAAGUAUCCACAACUAGCCUUCCCCGCCUUCUUAUUCAUCCAAAUGUAUACGAUGUGUUUCGGUGUCUUCCCGCUGGAGGUAGAUAUGGAUCGACCAUCGCUCGACGUUAUGCCCUGGUUCCACAAUCUUGGCUUCUGCGUGCUCGGAGUAUGGCUGCAUGAUCGAGGCGUCCACA